UGCUCCUCUGUUUUUUGGAGACAGACAACCUCUGCUCAGAUGAAGCAGCACUCACGCAGCACUCGGGCAUUGGCCGGCAGAUGACGUUGCUGGGAGUGUGCGGCUGCUGCAGAUCAAUUCGAGCCGAAUGGCAAAUGCUGGAGGUGAGGAGGGGUCAGAAAUGGGAAGCGAAGCAGCCAUCAAGCCAUACGUGUGUGGGAUCUUCCAAAAUAUGUGGCUUCUGUUUAUGUCCUGUCAGGCACAGCUGCGAUGGAGGUCGUAUGAGUCCCGGCUGAGAGAAGGAGAUCACCAAGAGCCCUAUCAUCGGUACACAGCAUGAAAACUGCUCACAUUCUUUUGCUGCUCGUCGAGGUCUCUGUGUCCCUCCCUCACAGGCGGCUGGCAAAUGAUGAUUUGGCUGCUGCGGUGGUGGACGUCUCGCUUCUCUUAUCGGCGAGUGGCGACAUCCACUGAGGAGGAUGACUCCACCACUCAGCUAUCGGUCGUCAUCGGUGGCGCUGGCGCUGACCAAGGGCUUCCUGCUGACGUCUUCGCCCGUGUGGUCAUCCCUCUGCUGCCUGUCGACGAUGCCGUGAGGCUCCGGGCGGUCGGCAAGGCCUACGGCGCUCAGCUGAUCGAUGAGGCGUUCCUUCUCGGUCGCAUCAAGAGCUGCCUGGCCCAGCAGCAGCUCACCGGCCUCAUCAAUGUGGAGAGGGACCGCGGCGCCGACACCUCGGCCCCUCCCCUCCCAGCACCCCUCUUGCGAUUGGGGUACCUCGCUCGCUGUGCCUACGUCAUCGAGCGGGCGGCUGAGUGGCGCUAUAUGGCCAGAUUUAUCAGGGUGGCAAGUGCCUGCGGUGCGGCUGGCCAGCUGCCCCUGGUGCUGUCGGGUGAGAGUGUGGCGGCUCAUAUUCCCGACAAGGAAACUUUCCAUCGGCUGCCUGCUGCCAUGGCCGUCUACAAGACACUUGGCCAUCAGUUCGGCAGUGACGCUGACAACGGCAGUCAACAGCUGACCGAGGGCGGCAGAGGGGAGACCGAUGUCUUUAUUAUCCCCACCAACCUGCUGCUGCGACUCCUGACGGCAGUUGUUUACGUGGUCUAUGUGCUGCUGUGGAUCUGCUUAGUCGUGCACCUUGCGCUGUCUUUCUAUCACGAUGAAAUCCUCAAGGCUCCGCAUGACAACUGGCUUGUCUUGCGGUGGAUUGGUGCCGGCUUUUACUGCAUCUGGGUGGGGACGGGCCUGUUCCUUGCGGCCUUCCUCCUCUAUGGGCGGGUCAUGAUCUUCUUGCUGCACGCAAGGAGCAGGCUAGUGCAAUGGUAUGCCAUCGGCGAGAGGCAGUUCCGCAUCGUCGAGAGGAACGAGCUGUGGCGGCCCAUUUUCGGCCGCCCUGUCUACUGCCCCAGUGACCCGCCGGUCAACACCGAGGGCCGCUUCCCACUCUCAUCCAAAAUGACCGAUCGCGUCUAUCGUUCAUUUAACGCCUUUGCCCUCGACACGCUGCUGGGACUCAACCACGUCAAUCGCGCCACGAAGAUCACCCUCAAUGUCAGCGCGAGCUGGCGUGCUUUCCUACGCUACUCAGCGGUGCUGGGCGAUUCCUUCCCCUGCGAGCCUGACAUGGUCGUCAUCGACAUGCAAGAGUCAGAGAGGGAGCCGCCAAGGCGGCAGCCACUUUCGUACCGACCCAGACGUGUUGUGGUGCUACUACUGGCUGGUGGUUUGGUGGCCUCCGUACACCUGGGGGAGCGUAUCAAUAUCCACGGGCACAUGAUGCCGCAGAUCGAGGUCGCGACGAGCGAGUGGGAGGUGACCGGUGGGGCAGCUGUCACCAUGGCUCGUGUGCGGCAGCUGCUGAGGCGAUUCGGGCUCAUAGUGCCAUGACUGACUGACUCGUAUUGGUUGGUUUUUGUGCGGUGGCCAUGAUUGCUAUGUGGCGUGUGUCCGGCACCACCCGGCCUGG